AAAAAACCUGAAAAUGAAAAAAAAAAUUUUUUUGAAAGAAAGGAUCAUCUUCAACCUCAACUGAGUGAUAAGGGAAAUCUCGCAACUCCCAAUCACACACCACAAAUAACACACACUCUCUCUCUUUCUCUCUCAGUCCCACUCUAAAGAGAGAGAGACUUCCAAAACCCAUCCUUCUCUCACACCUUACCAUCUGAGAAUGGCGUCCACUGCAGCAUCACCAGCCUUCUGCGCCAUCCCCAAGAAAUCAAUCUCCCCCGCCACCGCAAGGGCUUCUCUCGGCGUUCCCGCCACUCGUUUCCUCGCCAGAACCCCACUCCGACGCCUCGUUUUCGUCUCUGACACCCUCUUCUUCCACCACAUCGCUACCAAGCUGCGAUCGUUCGGGAGUUCAAAUGCCGGGCCGACUAGAGCCGUCGCCACCAUGGCCAAGAAGAGCGUCGGAGACCUAACUGCGGCGGACCUUAAGGGCAAAAAGGUCUUCGUGAGGGUCGACCUCAAUGUGCCUCUCGACGAUAACCAGAACAUUACUGACGACACGAGGAUUAGAGCUGCUAUCCCUACCAUUAAGCAUCUGAUUGGCAAUGGCGCUAAAGUCAUUCUUUCCAGUCACUUGGGUCGUCCCAAAGGCGUCACACCAAAAUAUAGUCUUGCACCUCUUGUUCCAAGACUCUCCGAGCUGCUUGGUAUUCAGGUUGUGAAGGCAGAUGACUGCAUUGGCCCCGAGGUUGAAAAGUUGGUGGCCUCACUGCCUGAGGGUGGUGUCCUCUUGCUUGAGAACGUGAGAUUUUACAAAGAGGAAGAGAAGAACGAGCCCGAGUUUGCAAAGAAACUUGCCUCAUUGGCUGAUCUUUAUGUCAAUGAUGCAUUUGGUACUGCACACAGAGCACACGCCUCUACUGAGGGAGUUACAAAGUUCUUGAAGCCCUCGGUAGCUGGUCUCCUUUUACAGAAGGAGCUUGAUUAUCUUGUUGGGGCAGUUUCGAGCCCAAAAAGGCCUUUUGCUGCCAUUGUUGGCGGUUCGAAGGUUUCCUCCAAGAUUGGAGUGAUUGAAUCCCUUCUCGAGAAGUGUGAUAUCCUGCUAUUGGGUGGAGGCAUGAUUUUCACAUUCUACAAGGCACAAGGGCUGUCUGUAGGGUCGUCCCUUGUCGAAGAAGACAAGUUGGAUCUUGCCACGUCGCUAUUGGAGAAGGCUAAGGCCAAGGGAGUUAGCCUCUUGCUACCUUCUGAUGUUGUUAUAGCCGAUAAAUUCGCCCCAGAUGCUAAUAGCAAGGUUGUGCCAUCAUCUGCUAUUCCAGAUGGGUGGAUGGGAUUGGAUAUUGGACCGGAUUCUGUGAAAACUUUCAGUGAUGCCCUUGAGACUACAAAAACUGUUAUAUGGAAUGGACCAAUGGGUGUUUUUGAGUUCGACAAGUUUGCAGUGGGCACAGAGGCAAUUGCAAACAAGCUUGCCGAACUUAGUCCCAAGGGGGUGACCACAAUUAUUGGUGGUGGAGAUUCGGUUGCUGCUGUUGAGAAAGUUGGGGUUGCUAAUGUUAUGAGCCACAUAUCGACUGGUGGUGGGGCCAGCUUGGAGCUCUUGGAAGGCAAAGAGUUGCCCGGUGUGCUUGCUCUUGAUGAAGCCACACCAGUUGCGGUGGUGUGGCAGAAUGUAGUCCAGAAAGGGGACCUUGUAAUUGAUGCCACUUGUGGAAAGGGAUAUGACACCUUAGCUCUUCUUAGAUUAGUAGCUGAUGAUACUGGCAAAGGUCGUGUUUUCGCAAUGGACCUUCAAAAGGAUGCUUUAGAACAUACAUCUUCUUUGCUUGACCAGUCGGUCACUGCUGAUGAGGUGCUGAAUACAGAACUAACACAGUUGGAUUGUGCUGACUUGUAUCUCAUCAAUGUGUGCACAAGGCUUAGUGAGUUCGGUUUUGUGGCUGCGCAGAGAAAACUUGUAGAACUUUAUGCUAUGUGUCAUACUAAAAUGGAAGAAAUUGUUCCUGAUGGUGCUACAGCAAGGUUAGUUGCAUUCAAUUUGGGGUAUCUUCCAGGAAGCGACAAAAAGAUCAAAACAGAGGCAGAGACUACCCUGCGUGCAUUAGAGGCUGCAACAAAAAUCCUUGCUCCUGGAGGCCUCAUUAGUGUUGUGGCCUAUGUGGGCCAUGAUGGUGGAAGGAUGGAGUUUCAGAAAGUCCAAUGUUUUGCAGCUGAAUUACCUACGGACAAAUGGACCUGCUGCAAACUCCAAAUGUUGAACAAGCCACUAGCUCCAGUAAUUGUUCUAUUAUCGAAAAGGUCGGUUGUAGACAAUUUCCACCAGCAGCCUAAAAAUUGAUGAUUUGAAUUUAGUUGGUGUUUUUUGAAGUGUUAAUUCUGAUAAUAGCAUCAUCUUGUACUUCCCGCUCUUUUAGUUUAUAUGUUAUGUAUGGUGCUGGUGCUUUAGGCAUAAUUAUCUGAUAUGCAGACUUUAGGUUUUGUCAUAUUUUUUGUUGAUAUAUAACUUCGUCAGCUCUUUGUAUUAGCCAUUUUGAGUAUUUUGACAAAUAAUGCCAAUGUUAGAGCAUCUCCAACCCAUACGCUAUAGCCAGCAAAAACGGCACCUUUGGAGGAAAUUCAUCUCUAACCCAGCCCUCCAUCUCUGCAGGAAACUCCAAAGAAAUUUUGUGGAACGGUUUGCCAACCGUUCUACUGUUCAUCCGCUAUCACAUUUUUCCGUUUUUUUUUUUUUUUUUUUUUUUUUUAAAUGAUGUUGGGUUGUAUUUUGGUCCAUUUAGAUGUAUUGGGUGGGCCUUUUUUAACUAGAUUGAAU